AAGAAAUGAGCCGAUGGAUGUCCCCAGAACCGCUGCCCCGGCAAGCGAAGUGAACCUGCUGAAGGGAACUGAGAUAGGUGAGGAAGAAUGUGGAUUGAAAGAGGAUCAGUCAACAGAGAGAGACAAGGAACCUAAUGAGUUCAGGGACCAUCUUACAGCUACAGUAUGCCAGCCUUCCAAAAUGCCUACGAGGGAGGAAACACCCACAACCCUCAAAUACAGCCCAAAGUUUCCUUGCAAAUCAGAACCUGACAGGAUCCAUGCCAGAAAGAACCAUAAUGAAUGUGUCACAUCAGAAGAAGCAUUCCAGGAAAAUGUAUACUCUGAUAAACAACAGAGGGUGGUAACUGGAGAAAUAAAACCUGAAUUUUUGGAAAAUGUGGAAGGAGAUCAUUUGGACAUGUAUCGGUAUGAUCGUGCAGAAGAGGACCCUAAGGAUUCUGCGAGUGGGGAGAGUUACAGAAUUCAAAGUGAGGGAAGGCUGUUUGAAUGUUCUCAGUGUGGGAAAGGCUUCCUUCAGAGAAAAAAUUUGAUGAUCCACCAGAAAUCUCAUACUGGAGAGAAACUGUACAAGUGUUAUCAGUGUGGGAAGAGCUUCAGUCAGAGACGAAAUUUGAAUACACAUCAACGGAUUCAUACUGGAGCUAAACCGUACAAAUGUUAUCAAUGUGGAAAAUGCUUCAGCCUGGAAAAAUAUUUGAAAGCACACCAAGGCAUCCAUACUGGAGCUGAAGCAAAACCGUAUAAGUGCUCCCAGUGCACGAAGUCCUUCUACCAGGAAAAAGCUUUGCUGAUCCAUCAGCAGAUUCAUACCGGAGAGAAACCAUAUGAAUGCUCUCAGUGUGGGAAGUGCUUCAGUCAGAGAAGAAAUCUGAAUACACAUCAAAGGAUUCAUACUGGAGCUAAACCAUACAAAUGUUUUCAAUGUGGAAAAUGCUUCAGCCUUGGAAGAUAUUUGAAAGUACACCAACGCAUCCAUCCUGGAGGCGAAACAAAAUCUUAUAAGUGCUCUCAGUGUGGGAAGUCUUUCAACCAGAAAAAAUGGUUGUUGGUCCAUCAGCGGAUUCAUACCGGAGAGAAACCGUACAAAUGCUCUCAGUGUGGGAAAUGUUUCAGUCAGCAAGGAAACCUGAGGAGCCACUGCAGGAUUCAUACUGGAGAGAAACCACACAAAUGCCUGGAGUGUGGGAAAAGCUUCAAGCGGAGCAACCAGUUGAAAAUCCAUCAGAUAAUUCAUACCGGAGAGAAACCGUACGAAUGCUCUCAGUGUGGGAAAUGCUUCAAUCAGCAAGGAAACCUGAUGAACCACUGGAGGAUUCAUACUGGAGAGAAACCACACAAAUGCCUGGACUGUGGGAAAAGCUUCAAGCGCAUCAGCCAGUUAAAAACCCAUCAGAUCAUUCAUACUGGAGAGAGGCCGUAGAAAUGCUUUCAGUGUGGGAAAAGCUUCAAAGCGGCAAAAUACUUGAAGAAACAUGAAAAAAAUCAUAACGAUCAUAUGAAAGCCCUCCACAUUGGAAAUGUUUCAGUUAGUGACUUCACCUGAAUGAUCACCUGGGAAUCGUUGUAGGACAAGGGCCAUACAGAUGCCUUGAGCAUCAGAAAAAUGUUUUUUGGAUAGUCUAUCUGAGUUUUACGGGAUGGUACUACAGUACGACUGUGCUAUCCACAGGGGAUCGUUUCCAAGCCGAAAUAUUAAACACUAUACAUUUCAUCGUCUGUCCCGCUCUAGUGGCCAGUUCCGCUAAAUGCACCCGGGAUAUGCAUAUCAAUAAGUAUUCGGUCCAUGUAUUUAGGAUUUAGAGACAGCAGGUAAAUUAACCAGUGGAUGCUGAUCCCACGGAUAGCAGGGUCCUACUGUAUUUUGAAUAUCCUACAGCUGGAAAGGCCCAGUGGCUGAGGUUCCCAACCUUGGGUCCCUGGAUGUACAUGGACCAUGACUCCCUGAAAUCCUGGUCAGCACACCUAGUCAUGA